GGAUGAAUGUAAAUGUCAAAGAUGGCGGCGGAGGGAGGAGGGAAGGAGAUGAACGAGAUCAAGAGUCAGUUCAGCACGCGGGAAGGCGCUUAUAAACUCCUCACGCACUCCGAGUACAGUCGACCGAACCGCGUGCCCUUUAACUCUCAGGGCUCGAACCCCGUCCGAGUGUCGUUCGUCAACGUCAACGAUCAGUCCGGUAACGGCGACAGAAUCUGCUUUAAUGUGGGCCGGGAGCUUUACUUUUACAUCUAUAAAGGUGUUCGGAAGCUUCUGUUUCCACAGGCUGCUGACCUAAGCAAGCCAAUAGACAAGAGGAUUUACAAGGGAACGCAGCCCACGUGUCAUGAUUUCAACCAUCUCACCGCCACGGCAGAGAGCGUUUCCCUGCUGGUGGGUUUCUCUGCCGGGCAGGUCCAGCUCAUCGACCCCAUCAAGAAGGAGACAAGCAAACUCUUUAAUGAAGAAAGACUUAUAGAUAAAUCUAGAGUAACCUGUGUGAAGUGGGUGCCAGGCUCUGAGAGUCUUUUUCUAGUAGCUCAUUCCAGUGGAAAUAUGUACCUGUAUAACGUGGAGCACACGUGUGGAACCACGGCUCCUCAUUACCAGCUCCUCAAGCAGGGUGAGAACUAUGCCGUUCAUACGUGCAAGAGCAAGUCUACGCGUAACCCUCUCCUCAAGUGGAUGGUUGGGGAGGGGGCGUUGAACGAGUUUGCCUUUUCACCAGAUGGAAAGUUCCUGGCCUGCGUGAGCCAGGAUGGCUUCCUGCGGGUCUUUAACUUUGAUGCGGUAGAAUUGCAUGGGACCAUGAAAAGCUACUUCGGGGGACUUCUUUGCGUGUGUUGGAGCCCGGACGGGAAGUACAUCGUAGCGGGUGGCGAGGACGAUUUAGUGACAGUGUGGUCGUUCGCUGACUGUCGGGUUAUCGCGCGCGGACACGGACACAAGUCUUGGGUAAGCGUGGUGGCGUUUGACCACUACACCACUAGCGUGGAGGAGAGCGACCCAAUGGAGUUCAGCGGUAGCGACGAGGACUUCCAGGAUCAAAUCCACUUCGGUCGCGACCGGGCCAACAGCACGCAGUCCCGGCUUUCCAAACGCAAUUCAACGGACAGCAGGCCGGUGAGCGUGACGUACCGCUUUGGCUCGGUAGGCCAGGACACUCAGCUUUGCCUGUGGGACCUUACAGAGGAUAUCCUGUUUCCCCACCUGCCCCUGUCCCGAACCAGAACGCACACCAACGUCAUGAACACCAGCGGCCCGCCCACCGCAGGAAGCGGUGGGGUCGUCGCGGCGAUCAGUGCAGCGGGCGCUUACGGCAGUAACGACGGCAGCGCCAACAACAUGCCGGGUGAUUCCCUUCCCGCAACGCUGCCGCGUUCCAACAGCCUGCCACACUCUGCGGCCGGCAGUGCCAACAGCAAGAGCGGCACGACGGAUAAUCCUAUUGCCACGGGCGUCAGCAAGUUCGCCACGCUUUCGCUGCACGACCGCAAAGAUCGGCACCCCGAAAAAGACCACAAGCGUAACCACAGCAUGGGUCACAUCAGCAGCAAGAGCAGCGAUAAACUCAACCUGCUCACCAAAACCAAAACAGACCCGGCCAAGACGCUGGGCACGCAGCUCUGCCCGCGUAUGGAGGACGUGCCAUUGCUUGAACCUCUCAUCUGUAAAAAGAUAGCACACGAGAGACUAACGGUUCUCAUCUUUCUUGAAGACUGUGUUGUCACUGCUUGUCAGGAAGGAUUUAUUUGCACAUGGGCUAGACCUGGCAAAGUGCCGUGUGUUUUUUCCAGGGUUUAUUGACAUCGCAGAACCAAGCGAACUCACCUAGUGGAACAGUCGUAUAGCCGCAAUACUUCAGCUGCUAAGAGCCACAGCAAGCACGGUUCAUUUGGCUGCCCCGUACGCGCUGUGAACAUUUGUGCAUCAGUGGAACGGCUGAACCGUGGCCGUCAGCUUUCCCGCGCUUUUGGUUUUACUCCAGAGUAUUUCUUUUCACUCUCAAACCCAGCUGACAUGAUUAUUUUCUUCUCUUUUGUAUUGAAGCUGGACUUAAGUGGGAAAAUCAUUCAGUCAACGGUGGAAAAACCCUUGUACCAACGGAUCGAGUGGACAAUGAAUCCAAGACUCGCUUUCAUCCCGGUUCCUUUAUAAUCCGGUUUCACGCGGAAUAGAUUCAGCCCCCGUUGUUAAAAACUUUGCACUGAUUUUGUUUUGGUUGUUUGUCUUGUAACUUCUAUAAAGAAGUAAGACAAAAACGAAAUACAUGUUUGGGGAAGCCUUGAUGCACUUGGCUUUAAUAUCUUCUGUCUUGAAAUGAAAAAUCUGAAACGCUGGAUGCUGCAAUCAUAGUUUUUUAAAGGAACAUUUGUUUGCACUUAAUAGUUUAUUAGAAGAGAAUGGCUUUACGUUUGUGUGCGAGGACUCACAGACCGAUAUAUUGUGGAGAAUUAUGCUUCAAAUUUUGUAUCUAUUGAGCAUUUAUUUUAAUAUUGGUUCAGAUCAAAUCUGCUUUGUACUAUAUGUAUAAUAUUGUAAAUCCGUGAAUAAUGGGGCAAAAGCAAAUGACCGUUAGUGAACGUUUUGUCAUCAUUACAGAAAAUAGUAAUAUUUCUAAAAUGGAAAAAUACAUGUUAAUAUAAAAAAAAAAAACACUUAAUUAUGCAGUUUUAUUCUUUGUUUUUGUCUCUUGUAGAAAAAUGAAUUGAAAUGUAUUUUGAUAUAUAGCAGCUUUAAGUAUGAGAAACACCACAACAUUCAGCUGUCGUCUGACCCGGUGUUUAGUGUGACACUCUGCUAACAACAUGUAUGAUGCUCAGGAAGUUUAGCAGACGAAGAAAAAUCUUAUGAAAGAGAUUCCAGAGUUGAUAUUUUGCUUACCAACAGCAAAGUUAUUCGAUGUAUUAAGAUAACUCAUUAGAAACAACUAGGUUUAAAGUUGACCAGUAAGAUCCUAAUGUAUCCAUUUUUUGUGACUACCGAUCAUUGUUAAUGAAAUGUACACUAACUGGGAAAGGUGAUGUGGAAGUGGUCAUAUUUUUGAUUUAUGUGAUUAACAUUUUAAACAUUUCACAUUUUGUUCUUCAUUAAAAAAAACCCUUCUUGGA